AUGACUAGAGCCAUCGCCGUUAACAUUGAGUAUGUAUCGAAAUACAUCAUGCUCCAAUUUAGCACAGCCCUGUCUGCUUUCGAGCCGGUGUUUGCGGCCCGUGUCUCCAUCGAUUGGCUUGAUGUAAUGGAUGUUGAUGAAGCAACGGCGCUCACUGGUAUUGAUGCGCCGAUGUGCACUAACCUGCUGUCGUCGGCCGUGAGGAUCUUGAGCGCCAUGCGCGUCUUGGUUCUGCUUUGCGGCUUGCGUGGAAAUUUCGACGAAGCGUUGACACAUAUACGAAACGGGUUUUACCUAUCCAUCUCGGAUAUUGACUACGAUCAAAGUCGCGGUCAUGUCUUUGAUGAAAAAGAAUGGCAUCCUGUACUAUGUAUCCACAGUAAUAGUCCUCUCAUCCCACUCCUGCAAGUCGAAAUUGGAGACGACGUCGUCAUGCCAAUUCAAACGAUCAUUUUCAAGACCGAAUCUCAUGACCAAGGAUGGAGCGACGUUCACUGGGAGCAUGGAUCCUACCGCCAAUCAUAUACCUGGUUCGAGAUGCGUGUGAAGUAUCCCGUGCGCCCUGGCUCUAGUGAUACAACGGCAGGGUUAACGUAUGAGUAUUCGGAGGCGAUAAAUGUUCAAUACAAUGAUGGUGAAAUGGCCUGGGAUAAGUUUAACGAUAACUUUGAACACAUGGUGGACGUAGUCGGCUACAUCAUCAAGCUUCAAGAGCGCGAGGCUCUCAACUACUCUUCGCCCAGCCUGACCGAGUCUCUCCAGUUCCGGUCAGUGAUUGGGCUUCCCAUGGUGGCGGUCGGUCACAUCUGCCGUGUGCCCCAUGUGCGCACCAGAGGUAUUGCGCUCCUUCAAAGCAUCCCAUUCACUGAUGGCAUUCUUGACAGCACCUUCUUCAUCGCGCUCACUCAAGAACAACAACGCACUCGAUGA